AUGAAAAAGUUUAUUCUUAGUUCGCUUUUCCUGGCCGCAGCUUUUGCAGCUUCAGAAUCAUUAUCAACCAUUCAAUCUACAAUCGUUUCUACAUUGCCAUGUUCUUCGCAAUCGGCUAAUGUUGUUCCAUCUCAAUUCAUUUAUGCUAAUGUGUCAACUUUUGCUUCUUUGAGCACUACUUACGACGUCGUUGAUGUUUCAUCAUCACAAACUGCAAUCAAUGCUGGUUCAGCAGUAACUAGUGCUGCACAAUCAAGUUCCAAGGCUAAACAAACUUUGUAUGAAUACGAUACUGCUUAUGAUAAUGAAGUAUUUGAGGUGACUCAUACCGUCUGUGAUAGUAAUAGUCAUUGCUACCUCACAACUGACCUUGAAAGCUCAACUACUUACACCACUACAAUUGAUGGUAUAUUAACAGUUGUUACUACUGUUGUGCCAGUCAGUGCUACUACUACUGGUUCUUCUAGUGAAAUUACUCAAUCUGCUGCUGCAACCUCUUCCAGUGAAGGUUCUCAAGAUUCUACAUCUGAAGGUUCUUCCGCAGAAUCAUCCGCAAUUUCUGAACCAUCUGCAACCGGUUCUCCAUCUACAAAGACCGAAGAAACAACUACUGUUGUAACCAUUACUUCAUGCCAUGAUAACAGAUGUUCAAUUGUCCCACGUACCACUGGAUUAACCGUUAUCACGGUCACCUCUGACGACAUGGUCACUGCUUACACUACUUACUGUCCAUUGACAGGUGAAACCUCAGCUCCGGUAGAAACAUACGUUACAUCUGCUCAAUCAACCUCUGGUUUGGUUGAGUCUACUGAAGCUGAAAUUGAAAGCUCUCCAAUUCCACAACCUAAAGCUGAAUCAACUCAAGUUGAAUCUAUCCCAGCUGCUGCAGAAACCACUGAAGUUGCCCCUCCACAAACUGAAGCAUCUUCUGUUUCAACUUCUGCUCCUAACGAUAAUCUUUCUACCGUCAAUGUCAUUACCAACAAUAUCGUUACUCAAACUCCAGAACCAUCUACUAUUUCAGAACAAACUACAUCAGCAGACCACCCUAUAAACUCACAAUUCACUACUUUCGAAGGUGCCGCUAAUUCUAUCGUCCGUUCUUCCAGCCUUAUCGGUUUAUUAAUUUCUUUCAUCUUUAUGAUCAUAUAA